CGGAAACGUAUUGGUAGAAAAGAAAGUAAAAGCUUUAAUGAUUCAGAGGAAGACUACUCAAGAUCGGUUACAGAGGAGCCAUGGACCGGAGGAGAUGAUCAAGAGAAGAAGAACUAGUAUGCUUCCUCAACCAACGACACGAAAGAAGCAGAUCGUUGCUAAAAUCAUAGGCGGGUCGUCACCUAAUUACAUGAAGGGAACGAAUAGUUCAGAGGCUAGGAGACAGAGCCAAGGUUUUCAACCAACGACACCGAAGAAGCAGAUCGUUGCUAAAGUCACAGGUGGUUCACCUAAUUACAUGAAGGGAACGAGUAGUUCAGAGGCUAAGAGACAGAGCCGAAGUUUUCAACCUGGUUCGGACAAGAAGAGCCAGUCCUGUAAGAAACUCGACAAUUCAUGCUCUGGGGAUAAGAAGCAGAGUAGUAGUAGUAGGUCGAGUGCUGGGGGUUUAAAAAAGAUUUUGAGUUUCAAGAGAAGUUAUAGUAUUGGUCUUUGUUGUAAUAGAGCGACUUGUUCUUCGUUUGUUAAGAACUCGAAGUUCAGAGAGGAUCUGAUGCGUAAUACUAUUGGCGUCUUGAAAGUCUGUCCUUAUACGUAUUGUUCACUCAACACGCAUCUUCACGAACAAUGUCCACCUCUUAAAGACUUUAUAUCCGCAAGGAGACGUUCCUUGAAGUCCCAUGCAAGUGUGAAGAAGAGUAGUGAUGUUGGUUGUGUGGAUAUCUAUGUUGAUAAGAAGAAAGAAAAUGUAAGCACUCGAGAUAUUGAUAUCCAAGUAAUCGAUUUUGAGACCGAGAAGGUGGACAUGAAAUUGGGAAAGGCUGAAGGUUUAGAAUCUAAGCGUGUAGAGAUAGUGAACUUACUAGAUGGAGAAGGCAUUGAAUCAUGUGACUCUUGUGAUGAAAAAGUUUUUAGUCUGAUAAUUGAAAACUUUGCCGUUCUUGAACAGUCAGAAAAUCCAGGUGGGGGUCAGAAGAAUGAAGAGAGUGGUUUCUCGGAUAACUCUAUAAACAUUCUUUUAUCCGAACAGUCCACUAUACAAGAUGAUACGAAUCUAGGGAAAGCUCUUGAUGAGAAGCUGAACUCCAAGAAAUCUGAAAACUGGAAGGAGGUAGAUGAUGAGAAACUGGAAGAGCGGAUUGCGCUUGUAUCAAAAACAGAGGAAACUCUGUUAACCAUUGCGCGAGAACCCUGCAACCGAGAAGAGUGCACUGAGAACUCGAGGGAAUUCAACCCAAGAGAACCCAAUUACCUUCCGAUUACUGCAGAACGGAGCAGUGAAAUAGUGGAACUCAAGCAUCAGGAUAUGUAUAAGAUAAAGAACACUGAAGAGUGGAUGACUGAUUGUGCUCUGCAACAUACCGUCAGCAAACUCGCUGUAGAAAGGAAGAAGAAUGCAUCAUUGCUCGUUGAGGCAUUUGAAACCACAUUAACUAGAGAACGUUCAAAAGCUUUCACUCAUUGAAGACACCUUCAAGCUUGCAAUUGACAUGCUCAAAGCCUUAGCCUAUAGUGAGUGAGUGAAUGAUGAACUCUUCUUGGAAAUUAAAUGGUUUUGAGAUUUGACUUAUGUUAGGGGUAUUGGGGACUCAUUUAGAAUAUGUGACUUUUAUCAAAUGCUGAUGAUGUUUGAUUCCAGGUUCUAUAACUAAGAGAGCAUGUGAGCAAAUGAUAUAUGUAGUUGUUAAACACUGAAAAUAGUUCACUUUUCAACAUAGUAAGCAAAUCACAAGAGA